UGUCUAUUGACAUGAAUUUUAAAGCAUAGUUUUGUUGACUUAAAAAAAAAAAAUAAUUUAUUUAUCAAUGAAUUGACCGCCGAUUUUGAUGGACCACUCGUGUGAAGACAACGAUGACUUGAAUCAGACGACAUUGCGUCCAACGAAACGAGUCUUUGAGUGCGAUGUCUGUCAUCAGGUGUUCACCAGAAAUACAUCACUGACUGAACACAAACACAUUCACACAAAUUGUCGACCAUUUGAGUGUCACGUCUGCGGUAAGACAUUCAGACAAACAUCAAAUCUGAAGAAACAUCAGAAACUACACGACGUCGUCGACAACAAUCAACGGACAACUGUUGUGUCGACUAAUGCCAAGACGUGUGACAUCUGUGGCAAACAGUUUCCGACUAAGUCGUCGCUGAAAUCGCAUCGAUUGUCUCACGACGACUACAAGAGUUGUCUGUGUGACAAAUGUGGCCAAACAUUCAAAUAUCGAUCGGAUUUGAUCCGACACAUGAAAAUACAUGACAAUCGACGAGAGUAUGAGUGCAACGUAUGUGCCGUCGGUUUCAAUGAUCGAUCGGCAUUGAAGAGACAUCGACUCAAACUUCACAAAACUAUUGAUAAUAAUAAUUCAGACAAUUAUCAUCAAAAUACUGGUCAAACUUUGGUGAUGUACGAGACAAGAGUAGACACAGACAACAGUAGUAAUAGUUUAGAUAGCAAUCAAUUGUCAAAACAAAUGUCCGCAGAUCUGAAUGACAGAAAUUAUAUCAAUUCGGUUAUCGAUUAUAUAGACGUUUGUCGUAUACUUCCAGUUCCACUACCGAAUCAUAUCUUUGAAAAGUUGGUCGAAAUACAGAAACAAAUUCAAUUGCAUUUGGGAACCGAUAGAUGUUUUCAUAACGAAUACUUCUCACUGUUAUUGAAUGGUCAACAAGAGUUAAACCAAAUAAUUGUUGAACACUUACGGUUAGUCUAUUGA